GUUUAAUGUGUAAUAGUGGAAAUUCAUCUGAGUACUGCUUAGCAAUAUAAAUAGUGAUGCAAGAAGCAAUACAGAUCAAAUGAACACAGCAGGAUCCCUUUGACGAUAAUAAUUUGAAAGGAAAAUGAAUUCCGCCCUUUCUGCGUGUUUGUUACUUGCUGCUCUUUGUGCUCUUGCCCAUUGCCAUCACUUUCCUCAUCACCCCACCUGCGAGGAUGACCAUAAAGAUACAAAUCACACGGAAGAGCAUGCACUGCUGAGCCAGGCCUGUGUCAAACAAGGUACUAGCUAUGCGGACUUUACAUUUAGAUUCUAUAAGCAGGCUAUAUUAGCAGAAGCAGACAAGAAUGUGUUCUUCUCUCCCGUGAGCAUUGCCACUGCCUUUGCAAUGCUGGCAAUGGGUGCUAAAUCGGCCACUCGGACUCAGAUUUUUGAAGGAAUGGGCUUUAGCCUGACAGAGAUUCAGGAGGAGGAGAUACAUGAAAGUUUCCAUCAUCACAUCCACAUGAUGAAUUGUCCUAACAAUAAGAUCCAGACAAGUAUGGGAAAUGCCCUUUUCAUAGCGAACGAGUUUAAAGCCCUAGAGAAGUUUUUACAAGACGUCAAAACCUUUUAUGAAACAGAAUAUUUUCCUACUGAUUUCCAUAAUUCAAAAGAGGCUACGAAAAAGAUCAAUGGUUAUGUAGAGAAGAAAACCCGUGGGAAAAUUCCGGAACUAGUCGGCUAUCUUGAUCCAAACACUAUAAUGGUUCUUGUUAACUACAUUUAUUUCAAAGCCUCCUGGGAAAAUCCUUUCGAUCCUUUCCACACUCUCGAGGAGGAUUUUUUGGUGGAUGAGAAAACCUCCGUUAAAGUCAGUAUGAUGCGCCGGGAUACCGACUAUGAAAGCCACUAUGAUAACCAGCUGUCGUGCUGGCUGGUGCAGAUACCGUACAAUGGAAAUGCCAAAGCGUUAUUUAUUCUGCCUGACGAAGGGAAGAUGAAGCAGUUGGAGGCUGCUCUCUUGAAAGAAACUGUGUGUAAAUGGGAGAAAUUACUUCAAAAAAGGAGUAUUAAUCUGUACAUUCCAAAGUUUUCUAUUUCGGGGUCCUACGAUGUGAAAGUCCUGUUUGAGAAAAUGGGUAUUACUGAUGUGUUUUCUAGCCACGCUGAUCUGUCUGGAAUUGCUGGGACGUCCAACCUGCAUGUUUCAAAAGCUAUUCACAAGGCCGUGUUGAAUGUUCAUGAGAAUGGCACCGAGGCAGCAGCGGCCACUGCAAUAGUAGUUAGCAAACUUCUUCGUCCUUCAAUUACCAUUAAAUUCAACAGGCCCUUUGUGCUGAUGAUUGUUGAUAAAGCCACCCUCAGCACAAUCUUCAUGGGGAAAAUCGUCAACCCGACUAUAAAAUAAUUGAGGAGUCACUGGACGCAUCAGUGCUUACGGUGGGCCGCAGCAGGCUCUCCUACAGACCACCAGGUGUCAGUGACCAUCCCUGAACUUUAAUUGACCUACAUUCACAAGCAAAUCAAACAUAUAUAUGGGAAUUUUUAGCCUAUAAGCAAUUGAGAUUUCUUCUCAAACAAAAUAGCUAAUGAUGUAUACAGCACGUGUAAUAACAAAUCACAGAUAAUCUGCCUAAGAAGGCCUAUCAUCUCUUUGCCCCAGUUUGGUAAUUCAGAUCAUACUAAUACAUUAUCUGAGUCCCUAGAAAAGCAGUCUUUAUAAAAGGCUUCUACUAGAUCCUCAUGUAAGAUGUAAAGUUUCCCAACUGAGGGGCGGUGUCCUGAAUGCCUUCAGUUCUGGGUUAUUCACUGGCAGCUUUAUCACCCUGGAAUCCUGGUAAUGAUCACUGCUCUGCCAGUCUGCCUCUGGAUAGUCGCAGCCGGGGGGUCCAAGAAAUUAGCAAUCCCUUCCCUUAUUGCUGCCCAUGGCCUGGCUGUUAGUCAGCACGCUGCGAAGCCAGUCCCGUCACAGCUCUCUCUCUCCAACAGGUUCUCUCAGUUAUUUCUCCUUCAGUCAUCUUGCCUUCCCCACAUGUUCCAGCUUUUAUCUGGGAUGUCCCAAAAAGCCAGAGGCCGCUCCAAAACAUUUAGAAUUGCUCUUCCAUAGCACACACUAGAUGCCAUGUUACUUCCACAGUGAUUGGCAAACAACUUUUAAAGGCACAAUAAUGAAACAGGCACAGAAAUUUACAUUGUCAAUUACUAAUUUUUCAGGUAAUGAAUAAAAUAAAUGUUGGGACCUAAAAUUUUCACUCGUGCUGACUUUUAGAGACUCUCCACUCUCUCGCUGUUAUGUUUUAUACAUCUUUUUAAGCCAGUUAAGCCUUUCAAUGAUGGUGACACCACAUUAACAAAGCAGCAUCUCUGGAAAGUGUCUGGGUUUUUAAAAAAGAAAUAGUGAGCGAGCAGAACUUUUCUCAGAUGGAGAAGGAAGAACAAGUUUUUACUUGCUGGAUUCUUUUCUUGCUCUCAUCUCUCCUCCACCCAGUCCCCCCAUGAACUUGGAUUUAUUAGCUUUACAUAUGUUUCCAACAAAUAUUUAGAAAGCAUCCAAAAAUAUUGUGUUUGCAGAUCAUAAACUUUGACUGUAAAAGAACCUUAAGGCCCAUGAUAAAGUUAUUCAGCAAUUUUUACAUUAAUAAAAUGCCCUUGCAAAUUU